CUUCAAAGACAGCCCCUGCACAUCACAACUGUGCAAACCACCCCGAAGGAGCAGCAGAACCGGGCGUUGGCACUGUGGGCUUUGGACCGGCUCGGAACAGGACUACUGUGUAGGCAGCUAAAGGUCAACUCCACCCAAAGAACCAACCCUCUCCUACAGCUAGCAUGGCUACAGCGAGCACCUCAGGGCAGAGCACCUUCGGGCUUGGGAGGAAAAAGAAGAACCCCGGCCUAAUGGAUCAGAUUACUAAGUUUUUUGGUGGAGAUAAAAAGAAAAGGAGCAAGGGGUCUUUUCGGGGUCAUCUGGCCUCUUCACCCCAGCAAUCCUCCGCUCGACGUCGGACCAAUGAAAACGCUGUGGUGCAUUUCUUCAGGAGCAUUGUUGCCUCUCCUCGUCCUAAAUCCAGGUGGAGAGACGUCUUGGGCUUGGUCUCGUCGCCACGUGCCGAGAGCACAAAGUCGCCGGUCAGACGACGCAGAGACCAAAGCACACUGUCCAGAAUCUUCAACCUGUGAUGCUUUCAUCAGAGAUCAGGAGACACCAAGUCCCGCCCACCCCCCAAACGCUGGAGCACCAUCUUCUAAGCUCUCCACUGAGGAUCAAACGGAUCCGACCCCAAUGGGACAAGGCGAAGAAGAAACUGAUCUGCACGCAGCAGACUCACAACCUCAAGAAAUGUUAACACACUAACACAAGCCUGUUUCUCAGACUCAAAAGUGGCUGCAUGUGGCCAAUAUUGUUGCUUUCAGAGGUUUGUCUGUGUUCUAUGCAAAACAUCCUCCUUUACAAAUCACCCACUUGAGUAUCACAUGGUCUGACGGUGCUACAGUACGUCUGCUGUCUAAGGUUUGGUUUUCUAUUCGUCCCCUGUCCAGUCCUGUUCUUUUUGUACAUGAGUGACGCUUUACAUUUCUCGCUGCUUCUACAGACGUGACUCACACACAAAACGUUUGUUUCGUUUCAUACAGUUUGUGGAAUUAAGACAGAGCGGUCCUGUUUGUGGUCGUCUGCGAGUGAAACGUAUGUCGCAAAGAAAUGCAUUGAAAAUACAUCUAUUUAGGUUCUAAUGUUGUUUUAUUUAACUUAUUUUUUCACUGUGCUUUUGUGUAAUUAAUACACAUGUACAGUAUGAUGCUAUGCAAGUGAAAAGCCCUUUUAAAAUGCACUAUCUGUGAAAACUACAUUAAAACGAUUGGUUUAUUCUCCUUCCUGUGCAGCUUUUCUCUCUCUUUUCUUAUAUUUGCAUCUAAAGUUGAGUUUGAUGUUCUAAUGUUAUUUGUGUUUUGUUAUGGCACAUAUGUGGUUAGUUUUAACUGAUGGUCAGAUGGUAAGUUGCUCAAAGCGUGAAGGUGAAAGGAGCGAGAUGGCAUCAGGAGUUUAGUUCUGAAGGACAGUCACAGUUUGUUUAAUAUCAUUUGUAUUCUAUGCAUAAUUACUGUCGUUCUCAUUUGUACAUUAUUUCUGUGCAUUCACUUUAACUGAGUAGUCCAAAGCACUGUUUUUCUCCGAUGUUGCUGAUGUGAGGUGCUACAGGAAAAAGAAUCUGAUACAAAGAAAUUCAAGUGUUGUCUUUUCAUGUUAAACUCUGAUUUUUAAUGUUCUGUCUAACUUGAAAUAAACCCUUUGUCUUCUCGUAGAUAGGAACUAUUAAAGGUUUUAAAAUCUGUCAA